AUGCGGCUCUCAGGGGAUUUGGGGAGGCGAGCAGAGGCGCUGCAGGGCAGCAGCGGGGCCUUGGGAUCCACACCAGCCUCGCACGGCUCUCGGGGUUCAGGAGUCCCGGGCCCCCUGAAUUCCACCGUGUCCACCCUGAGGCCUUUGAACAUGUAUACUCUGGGCCUGCAGGGUUUGAGCUCGGCCUCCGCGCGCCUGCGGCCUCUCCUGGCACUGUCUUCCAAGUCCAGCCAAGGCCAGAAGCAGCGCCUGGACCUGAGCAGACACACUGCAAGCCAGAUGUUAGACGCCAUCCCCGACGAGUUCGGCCUUCAGGUGCUGCUGGAGGAGACGGGGGAACUCUUUCAACUCCCCAACUGUCGCUGCGACAUGACGGUGGGCGAGCUCAAAGCACAGCUGGACUUGGUGGCCGGCAUCCCCUUCAAUCUGCAGCGCCUCCAGUACCUAGACCAAGGCAUCCUCAUGGACGAGUCCACGUUGAAGUUCCACGAUGUGGCUCCUGGAGGCGUGUUGUCACUGUGCAUCUGGCAGUAUGACAACUGGACUGAGCUGGUUCUGGCAGCAGUGGAGGGUGACCCCAGCAAGCUCUCAUGUCUCGGAGUCUCUUCCCAAGAGAUGAUAGUCCAGACAGCCUACAUGCAGCACCGUGGGGAGAAGGAGUGGAAACUCUGGGUGGAGCAGCGGGCCUUCGUUGCCUUAUACAUCACGUCCCACCGGGGGCAUCUCCAGGCCGUGAAGUACCUUCUAGAACACGGCGCCAACUGUUUGGGCAAGACGCCCCUGGGCAGGACGCCCCUGCAUGUGGCCUCGGCCAUGGGUCGGAUGAGCUGCGUCAUGGUGCUGCUCCGAUAUGGCGCCUCCGUCAGUGAGAAGGACCAGUUGGGCGAGACGCCCAUGACUAUCGCCCACCGCCUGCACUACUAUGAUAUCGAGCGGCGCAUGUUCCUCUUCUACUGGAUGGCCAAGAACAGGAGAAAAGGCAGCAAGGAGACAGCCAAACCAGAAGCCACGGCCUACUUUUCCAUUGUGGGGAGCCAAGAGCAGGCCUUGUGGAUGCAGCGGGAUGCAGGCCCUGUGGACUGA